AAUUUGCGAAACGCUUCGUCAGUCGUGAUUUGCCCGUUGUGUAGAAAAGACUAGUCUCGUCUGGUAGUGCGGUUCACUUUUCCUACAGUCCUCCCACUGGUGCUGCGUGCUUCAUAAAUAUGACGUAGACCAUCACAAUAGUAGUACACCGUCGGUACUCGGCAGUGGAUUGGAAGCGCAUGCGCCUGCCUACCGAAUAUAUGUCAAACACGUAUAGAAACCAGCCGGUUUGCGACAGGAAGUUGGUACGGUGUGAAAUAUUCAAACGCAAGAGGGAGAUAGUUAAGGACCACAACGCGACAACGACGACGACGGCGACGGCGACGUCGGGUGCGGAAGUGACCAACGGUGGCGCAUGGAGGAACUCGAAUGUCAAAGCCAAAGGCAAACAUUUUGUAUCGAAAGCGGGACGAAAACUUCUUGGUUGAUGUUUGUGUGUUUUGAUUUUGGUGCAUUGUGAUGUUCAUUGUUAUCUUCGCAGCUUACAAUACAGUGUUGAUGGCAGCGGUGUGAACAGAUUCCGCGUUUUAACGUUGUAACAAGCAGACAGGAGUUCGGAACCAGUAAAACAAAAAUAAAACAAUUGAUUUUUAGUCCCUUCAAAAGUGCAUCUAGGUCAUAGUAUAUAAGAGUACAAUGAUUAAAUGUAGUAACAAGUAUAUUGGCCAGUAUUGGAAAAAAUCAAUGCGACAGUUCUAAAUGCGACGGUCCCGGCGUUCUGCGGAAUCGUUUUAUUUCAUCGCACUUACAGAGUACUCAAUAUUGAUUCACGUGCUGCUGCAGACAACUGGAACGAGGUAGCAAGCCAUGGAUGCUAUGAUUGAUAUGAUGAAGGAUGGCUCCAUGAUACUGCUGCAAUUCAUCGUGGCGUCCAUUUUACUUAGUCUGGUAUGGCCAACGUACAAAUACUACGCGAAAAUUAUGGCAAUAAUGACGGUUUCGUCUAUGGUCCUGAUAGUGCCGAUACCAUUAUUUCUACUUAGACCUCGGCGGCCUUUGAAUGCCUUAGUACCAGGAAUGGUGGCCUGUGAGUUUAUCCGGUGGCUCGGCGUGGAGUACGAAAUUCGUGGUACCGAAAAUAUUAACGUGAAAAACGGCGGGGUUGCACUCAUCAAUCACCAAAGUGCGAUCGACAUCGUCCUACUCGCCCGACUUCUCCGUGAAUUCCGUAACAUUGUACCGGUGGUUAAAAAGGAAAUUUUCUAUGCACUACCUUUCGGAAUUGGAUCCUACCUGGUGGGAGUGGUAUUCAUCGAUCGUAAAAACACUGCCUCGGCAAUGAAUGUGAUGAAACGCGAGGCCGUGGCCAUAAAUCGGGAUAAUCUUAAACUGGCAAUCUUCCCGGAGGGAACCCGGCACGAUCGAGACACACUACUGCCCUUCAAAAAAGGGUCAUUUCAUGUGGCAGUGGACUCACAGGCGAUAAUCCAACCGAUAGUCGUCUCCAAGUAUGCCUUCAUCGAUCACAAGAAGAAACGCUUCGGCCGAGGACGAGUUGUAAUUCAAAUUUUGCCGGAAAUAUCGACCGUCGGUAAAGGCAAAGACGACAUCCACGAGCUGGUGGAACUCUGCCAGAACACGAUGCAGGCACAAUUUGAUGCGUUGAAUGCGGAAUGCAAGCAGUACUGCCAGAUGUAGAGGGAUCGAAGGCAGACUAAUACAUAGAAAACGAGCGAAUUGAUAUAGUGAUUAGAUAAAAUAACAAGAAAGCUUAUGAUUAGGAUAGUUACGCACCAGGGGUUAUGCACGUUUAUCAUAGUAAUUCGUCAAAGUAUAACAAAACAGAUACGUUGAAAUAAGCACAGUGAAACUUUGCAGUAUCUAAUAUCUAGUCUAAAUUAGUGAAAUCUAAAGUAUGACCAUUGAAAUUCAGGUUAAUUAAUCAAAAUAAGAAAUAAGUUUAGAGAAAACAUUUAAAAGUUAGUGACUGUUAAUCCUUCGGAAGGACGACUGUGCAUUUUAAGAAACAACAAUCGAACUCUUUCUCAACCUUUUCGUAUAUGAGGAACCUUCUCUUGUUACGCUUUUUCAUCGACUUAACUCAUUAUCGAACGUAAGUUACAAUUACGGUUUCGUGAAUAAUAAACUCGAGUUUCCAAUAAUUUCUGACGA